AUGUCCUCUACUUCUGAACUUUAUAAUAAGAAGUGCUAUUGCACAAAAUGCAGCGAUAAUCAACAAGGCUACAGCUUUGUUUCUACACAAACCUUCCAGUGUCACAAUAAAAGAGCAAGAUAUGAAGACAUGGAAAGAAAUGUAUCUGUUCAAAGAAAUCUCGUGGAUAUUGAUUUUGAAACUACAUCAAACCAACAAACCCGACCCAUAGAAGCAAUUGGCAGUCGGACCAACUCGUCUGUUUGGGAAGGAGCCCCAAUUUCUGACAAUGAGAUUGCUUUUAGCAAUGUGGUAUUUCAGUUUCUUAAGGCUUUCUUCCUUUACUAUAUUUGGUUAUUAGAGUGUAUUUACUGCUUAACUAGUGUUGGUGUUACAAUUAUGACAUCAAGUCAUAAAUCUAUCUGGAUCACCACAAGCAAUGAGCUGAAUGACGAAAGCAGUGAUGGUGAUGAAAAUGACAAUGACGAAGAAAGCAACGGCAGUGAAGAAAGUGAAGACGAUGAAGAGAAUAUUGUUGAGAUUGAAGUCGAAGAAUUCGAUACUGAAGAUCCUUUUGCCACCACAAAUAUGCCUGAAAAUCCGGUACACAGGUUUAUUGCUACUUUUGUGGUAAUGUUUGUUUCCCACUAUGUAGUCAAUAAGGGUACUGUUGUCUUGAUUGAGUUCAUCAAAAAGCUCUUGUCAAUUUACAAGCAGGAUUUCCAAUUGCCUGUGAGUCUAUCUGGUCUCCAAAGCAUGACAGAACUCUCAGUCAUGACAAAAGAGAUUAAGAGAUUUGUCGUGUGUCAGGAUUGCUACAAGGUGUAUGAGGAAAGUGUAGCUGCUCCUUUGAACUGUGAUUUCAUAAAGCUUGGUGCACAUACCACUUGUAAUUGCAAAUUAAUGUCUUAUGUAUAUCAGUCUCUCAAACGUGCUCUUAAGAUACUUUUCCUCUGUCUCGAUUUUGAGCAAAAAAUCAUGCACUGGAACCAAGAGUUCAAGAUCACUGCUAUAUUGUGUGAUGUUUGCGAUGGUGAAGCCUGGACUGAUUUGAAGGGCAAUGACAAUGAAAUUUUUGUAGAGAAUUUUUGUUCAUUGAUGCUGACAUUAAACAUCAACUGUUUUCAGCCUUUCAAUGGUACUAGCUAUUCCUGCGGUGCUAUCUACCUGGUGAUUAACAACCUGCCUAGAAACGGUGCAACAGUUCGUGCAGCCUUAUUGAUGGUUGCAUGUGAUAUACCUGCAGUCAGAAAGACUAGUAGGUUCACUGCGCAUACCAGCACAUGCGCCUGUUACAAAUGCAACAAUCAAUUUUCUCGUCUACCAGGCACUUCUUUGGUCCAUCUUCGUGGAUUUGAUUGUCAGCAAUGGCGCCAUCGAAGUGAUAGAGCAAACCGUGUGCAUGCUGAGGAGUGGAAUAGUGCGAGUACACCCUCAGAAAGGCAGCAGCUGGAGGUUGAAUAUGGUGUUCGAUGGUUGCAGUUGUAUUGCCUUGGAUACUUUGAUCUAGUACGUGGAAUGAUCAUUGAUUCCAUGCAUAAUCUUUUUCUGGGAACACCAAAGAGAAUGAUUGAAACAUGGACAAAAAUCAAAAAAAUGAAAAACAAUGAUCUGCUUGCAAUGCAGACAGUUGCAGCAACAAUGAUAUUUCCCAGCAACUAUACCAAGCUGAAGACGAAGACAGGAAAGGACUUUUCCCACAUGAAAGCAGAUGAGUGGAAGUCUUGGGUAUUGGUGUAUUCUCCCAUGCUUCUGAAACUGGUUCUUCCAUCCAAUAUGUUCAAUGGCUGGAUGCACUAUGUAAAAGCAUGCCAUAUACUUGUAAAGCCGUCAAUCAGUUUCAUUGAAGUAGAUCAAGCACACAGCUAUCUACAAGAAUUCUGUCAGUCUUGUGAAGAUAUAUAUGAACCAAAAGUCCUCACCUGCAAAAUGCACCGGCACCUCUAUCUUCAUGACACAAUUCGUGAUUUUGGAUUCGUGUAUGGCUAUUGGCUCUUUGGUUUUGAGAGAUACAAUGACUCAUUUUUAAGUCGAGCAGCACCUAUCAAAGGCAAUGAGCCACUCCCCCCAUCCUCCUUUCCUUUACAGUCCUUAAAAGAAUCAACAAUGAGUGAUAUUGAUUAUCCUCAAUUGUUAGAUUAUUAUAAAAUCGCCUAUGUUAUACCUAAUCUUAUUUCUUACCACGAUGCCAGAUUGUCACAAUAUUUUGUAAAUAACCGAAUCACAAAAUUAAAAUCAAUUGAUCUCCUUGGCCAAACAUAUAUUGGGAACAAUAGUUCUGGUAAGCACGGGUCACUUGUUCAAGCUUUCUUCCAUAUGGUGUGUUCGAGCAUAAACAUCAAAGUUUUGAAAUCUUUUCAAUUUUAUCUCAAGAAAACUCCGAUUGUAGAAUAUAUUGAAGCCCCUUAUUUUAUCUUAUGGAGAGUUUGA